AUGGGGAAUCCCCUCAGUCAGCCCUCCCCACUGCUGCUAGCAAAAGCUAGGCUGCUGGAACUGAGACCACAGUUCCAGCAAUGUAGCUUCUGCUUCGGUGGAAGCUGCCGCAGAGCAGGAGGAGCAAGCUUAGCCAGUUCUGAAGCAACUAUUAUCUCAGGGAAAAAGCUGGCUGCAGAGCUCUGUGAAGAGAUACAAAGAGACAUAGAAACUUGGCUCGCCUUGGGAAACAAGAGGCCUCAUCUCACUGUUGUCUUAGUAGGAGACAACCCAGCCAGUCACACAUACGUAAGAAAUAAAGUAAAAGCAGCAGCUGCUGUAGGCAUUUCUAGUGAAAUAAUACUGAAGCCCAAGAAUAUUUCUCAGGAAGAACUCUUAGAUCUAACGGCCAAACUAAAUACUGAUCCAAGAGUCAGUGGUAUAUUGGUACAGUUACCUCUGCCAGAUCACAUUGAUGAAAGGACUGUGUGCAAUGGUGUCACUCCAGACAAAGACGUGGAUGGAUUCCAUAUCUUGAAUAUUGGGCGACUGUGUCUUGAUCAGCCAUCUGUUAUACCUGCCACUGCUGCCGCCGUUUGGGAAAUAAUAAAGAGAACAGGAAUACAGACAUUUGGAAGAAAUGUUGUUGUAGUUGGAAGAUCGAAGAACGUUGGCAUGCCCAUUUCAAUGCUUUUGCAUACUGAUGGAGGACAUGAAAGGCCUGGAGGUGAUGCUACAGUGACAAUUACUCACAGAUAUACACCAAAAGAUCAACUGAAGAUUCAUACCCAGCUUGCUGAUAUUGUGAUAGUUGCUGCAGGUAUUCCAAAACUGAUUACCUCUGAUAUGGUAAAAGAAGGAGCAGCUGUGAUUGAUGUUGGGAUCAACCAUAUCCAUGAUCCUCUCACAGGGAAGACCAAAUUAGUUGGGGAUGUAGACUUUGAAGAAGUAAAGAAGAAAGCUGGCUUUAUCACGCCUGUGCCAGGAGGGGUAGGACCAAUAACAGUUGCCAUGCUCUUGAAGAAUACAUUCAUUGCUGCUAAGAAGAAGCUUAUUUAUUAAAAACUUUUUAUUCAAGUCAUUCUAUUUAUGGAUACAUAAACAUUUAUUUUUGUUACAAAUAUAUUUAUUUCUGAAUUGCAUUUAUUCACACGGGAAGAUUGACAAUAGGUUUGUUUGCAAAUUUUACAGGAAUUUACUGUCUAUGCUGCAGACUAUAUAUCUGUUGAUUUCACAUAUGAAUUGGUGUAAUAUUUUGUGUACAUAGCCUUGGUCUGAACUAUUGAUCCCAGUUUACAAAAUGUGUGAUGUCAAUGGGAGCUCUCGUCCAACAGGAAAUGAAAUGUGUGUGUGAGUUUCAACUGUAUAAUGCUAUUCAAGCUUACAAUAAUAAAGGGCUUAUAUUUUAGUAACAAUAUGCAUAAAGGGGAAUUCCCAAAUACACAUUUGGAAACCACUAUGCUCACUAUAAUAUAGAAUUUGAUGGCGGAAUAUAUUUAAAAAUACUCAAAUGAUAGUAAAUUGCAUGUGUAUUUUUAAGCAUGCUCAAUGUUUGUUACCACUGGAUUGUGAUUCACAUGUUUACUAACAUUAAAAAGAUGGAGAAUCAACCCACAAGAAAUCACUGCGCUUUGUAGCAUUUUGCAUCUACCUCUAGUUUUUCCCUUCAUCCAGAGCAAGACAUUGCCCACAUUUAUAUUUAAUUUAUUGGGUGUGGGUUGGCCUAUUUAACUCUUACUGCAGAAGCCUUGUUCCCAUAGUUAAUAGACAGGAAAAUACCACCUGUAAAAACUGCAGUGUGUAUUUGGAAUUAAAAUAAACUGAUAUUUUUAAGUUCCACAGGAUUUUAACAGGUUGAUUAUCCAUUUUUCAGUAUGAGUGAACUGUAGUGUUAUAACAACCUGAUUGUUGAAAGUGAACUAUAUUGGGUACAAUUUUUAAUUUACUCGUUGAAAGGAGUCCAAGUAGGUGCUUGUCUGCAUUUCUUUAUUUCAGCUGAAGGGGCGUAAACCCAGACAGACACUUAUUCCAUACAAUUCUGCAGCAGAACAUGAAUCAGAUUUUUCACCCAUGUUUUCAA